CACACAGAGGAGAUUUUAGCUGGCAUGGCCGCGGCCCGGCAAAUAAAAAAUUUCAUUCGGUCCUAAAAUUGUUCUGUCUACCUUUCAUCUCUUAUAGUCCUACAGCUUUCUUUAGUUAGCAACUCAACUUGUUUUUUCCAACUGCUACGCAGUAGCUGCUGCUUUUUAUCAGUCGCCGGCGUCGUGCUUUGAGGUGGAGGCCGGUUCCAUGGGACACACGGAAAGUCAGAGUUGGAAUAUUUUCCCUUCAGACACGUCGCCGUUUGGCUUUGAACGGUACCAACAGUUCCCUAGAGGACUUUUUGAUGAUCACUCGUUCAUCAAUAACGGACCAAGCCUUGAAAUAUUGCAGCAUGACGACACGUUUCCAACUUGGGCAGCAUCUAUAAUGGUACCCGUGCCGUCGUUUCCAGAUGGGGUAGCAAACACUAACCCUAACGAGUUGUCACAGCAGUUUAAUUCUCGUGACAACUCUCAAAGAGACGUUGAAGGCGGAGUUGUCUGUAUUGAACCAGAUCCAAAGGACUUGGAUCAUGCUGGUCAAGCGUCAAAUGGACGAAUUCACAAGGAUGAUGAAGCAAGGAUGCCACCAUUGGGAAACGCCAAUAGCCAAGGGGGAACAUCAUCUAGAGGUUGCAAUGAAAAGAAGCGAAAGGGUCCCCAACUCACAGAAGCGGAGCAAGCUCAAAAACAGAAGAAAAGAGAGAAUGAUAAGAAGUAUCGGACGGCCCGUAAGAUGGAGUGUGAAAAGCUGAAAGACCUAGAGAAAAGAGUAUCAAGAUGUGGAGGGAUCGACCAAAUCGAGUCUGAGUUACCUAGACUCUGUAAAAAAGAGGUCGAUUUCGAUAGGUUCCAGCAAUUAAUUGGAACCGAGCUUCGUCCACUACAGCAAAUGGUGUCCAGGUAUGAAGGAAUUGAUAAAAUGAAGUUCAUGUUGGACAAAUAUAAGGAAUUGGAGACCAAGAAUGGAGGAAUUGAGAAACUGGAAGCUGAUUACAAUAAACUAAAUCAGAUAAAAUCUAUCUUGGAGAUUAAUGAAGAAGAGUUCAUAGUGGACAAGGUGAAGGGAAUGGUGGACGAAUUACAUAAGUUGAAGGGAAUUGAUGAAACCGAACCCGCAAAAAAUAGGAUUAAAAAAAUGGAGUUGCAGUGGGAAAAGCAGAAGCAAAUGGUUAGCCAAAAGGAAGUUGAAUCAUUUCAGGCAUCUCCUGGUAGUCCACUGAUAUCCAACCUGCAGGAGAAAAAAGGAUCGCAGCUAUUGGACUUGAUAAGCGACUUUGACAAUGUGCCAGAUCAGCGUGGAAUUAAUCUAAAUUUCUUUACCACCGUCCGUGGGAUAGCCCCAAACAUGCAGUACUCUGAUGGGCUUGUUGAGCGACUUGGCCACCAAUAGCUUUGGGGAUUUAUUAGGAGGGGCGCCGAAAAGGGUUAACUAUUAAGCAGUUAGUAUUAAGCAGUUAGAAAGUUGUUAAGUUUGUUUAAUGCAGCUAUAUUGUUGAGAGCAAAUAUUAAGAAAGAAGGAUGCCUAUAUAUACGGUAUCUGGUGAGUUGAGAGGUUAAGAAUUUUUGAAUAACAAAAGAAUAUUUUUCAUCAUUUCUCUCUACUGUUUAUCAUAUUCUUUCAUAGUAUCAUUCGCCAUUUGAUUCUGGAUUGUUGUAUCAUGGCUUCCUCUGACUCUGUGUUUGGUGAACCGAGCUCUGGUCCGUUCGCCGGUGAUCAUGUCACGAGUCUGUUUCCUCGGCAUGAGGUGGUUAAACUCGAUGACGACACAUAUCUCCAAUGGCGUAAACAGGUAAAACUAAUCGUUGAUGGCUAUGGCCUUACAGGUUUUCUAGAUGGUACGGUUGUUCCGCCGUCACGGUUUCUUUCUUUGCCCGAUGGAUCUCGUGCUCCAAAUCCGGCCGAAGCGGUGUUUACGCAACAAGACCGGCUGCUGACUUCAUGGCUUUUGUCCACCAUCAGUUCGUCGCAUCAAUCUUCGUUUGAUGAUACAUGCACGGCGUGUGACAUAUGGACAACGGCGAGUAAUGUGUUUGCCGCUGAUACUGGUGCUAAACAGUCACGGUUCCGGCAUGAACUUCAUUCUUUGAAGAAAGGUACUCUUUCUGUUAAAGCUUAUGUUGCUAGAAUUAAAGAGUUGUGUGCUAUGUUAGCUGCAUCUGGAUCUCGUAUAUCUGAUGAAGAGAAAAUUGAGAUAACUCUCGCGGGAUUGCCGUCGGAGUUUGAGGCGGUUAUAUCUUCCGCUGGAUUGUCGACCGGUAUUCUGUCUUUACAACGUUUGGUUGAUGCGUUGGUUGACUGUGAGAGCCGUCAAGCUCAAGUGCUGCAGGAAGUUCAUUUGAAUGCCAACCUCAUUGAAGAUGCGCCGUCGGUUGAAGGAGCCAAUCGUGCGGGUCGUCCGCCGGUGCGUGGACGUGGCAGAACGUUCAGAUCUCGUGUUCAAUGCCAGAUCUGUAGUCGCUUCGGUCAUGUGGCAUAGAAAUGCUACUAUCGUUAUCAUCGCGACUCGAAUACCUCAUCCGUGGAGCAUCAAGGGGGUUCGUCUGGUGUUGAGCGGUCUAGUUCUGGUGUGGUUGCGCAACAUGAUGAAGAACAGUAUGGGGUUCCUCAUCCGAAAAGUCAAAGGACUUUCUAUGGCCAAGGGAAUUAUGCUAGUCAAAAUAGGCAUGUUGAUGGUCAAAAUUGGUGUGCUGGCAUGCAAAAUGAUAGUUUGGUGCGUGUGCCACAUGUGCGUUCUGAGCAGAAUGAAUCUGGCCGCUUCUAUGGCAAUGUUCAGAGGCCUAAUGUGUGUCAAUUUGGUAGUAAUGAUGGGCAUGGUUUUAAUGGUUCUAAGUCAAGAGAAUUUGUUGAUGGAAAUAGUCGACCUGUGUUUGCACACUCAUCACUUGGGCCACAUAUUGAAUCAAACGUUGGGCCGCAUGGUGUUCCAUCCUCAAAUUUUGUUCAAGUUGAUCAAGCUGAUCCCGGUUCGCCUGAACCGAUUGAGAUUGAUCGGGUUGUACGAUUGACCAAACCGCGUGCUCGGGUGUAUACUGGGUCAGAUAUGUGUAUUGGGCUUCCUCGACUAGGGGAUCUAAAUGCGUCUGAUUAUACUGAUUCUUCAGUGUCGGAAUCUCAUGUUAAUACUGCUCAACUCGGAUCUCGUACUGGUGAUGAUGGUUCGUAUCUUCCAAUGCACGGUGGCACCACAACCUGGUACCCUGACUCGGGAGCAAGUCAUCAUGUUUGUCGUGAUGUGUCAGCAUUACGUGAUGUCACGCCAUAUGUAGGUAAGUCGUCUCUUUUAAUGGGUGAUGGUACUCUGCGGUAAUUUCGUCAAUUGGUACUGCUAUUUUACCUACUCAGUAUAAGUCAUUACGAUUAUCAAAUGUCUUAGUUGUGCCGAGUAUACGGAAAAACCUCUUAUCCGUCUCACAGUUUGCUCGUGAUAAUGGUGUGUUUUUUGAGUUUCAUCCUAACCGUUGUGUUAUUAAGGAUAUGGUGACUUGGGAGACAUUGCUGACGGCCGCGUUCAUGAUAGACUAUAUCAGUUUUCUGUGCCAAUGGGCUCUACUACGUCUAAGGUUGCUCCAUUUGUUGCUCAUUCACAAGUUCCACAUACAGUUUCAAAUAAUAAUGUUUUUCCAUUAUGGCAUAAUCGUUUAGGCCACCCAUCAAAUUCUGUGGUCAAAACAGUUUUAAAUAAAUGUACUGUUGCUUCAAGUAAAUAUAGUUUGGAUGGUA